AUGAAGGCUAUUGCUUUUCUUUCUCUGUCACCUUGGUUCUGUGGCGGUUUGGAAGAGAACUUUGCCUGGCAGAAGAGGAUGAUGUGGAAGUGGCUGGGCGCCCUGCUGCUGUUCCCGGUGCAGAUGGUGUAUCUGGUGGUGAAAGCCGCCGUGUGCCUGCUGCUGCCGCCCAAGCUGCGAGACCUGUCCCGGGAGAACGUGCUGGUGACCGGCGGGGGCCGCGGCAUCGGCCGGCACCUGGCCCGGGAGUUCGCCAGGAGAGGAGCCCGCAAGAUCAUCCUGUGGGGUCGGACUGAGAAAUGCCUGAAGGAGACGACGGAGGAGAUCAGGAUGAUGGGGACAGAGUGCCACUACUUCAUCUGUGACGUGGGCAAUCGUGAGGAGGUCUAUCAGCAAGCCAAGGCCGUCAGGGAAAAGGUGGGUGACAUCACCAUCCUGGUGAACAAUGCUGCUGUGGUGCAUGGGAAGAGCCUGAUGGACAGCGACGACGAUGCCCUGCUCAAAUCCCAGCACAUAAACACCCUGGGACAGUUCUGGACCACCAAAGCAUUCCUGCCAAGGAUGCUGGAGCUCCAGAAUGGGCACAUUGUUUGCCUGAACUCUGUCCUGGCCUUGUCAGCCAUCCCUGGUGCCAUUGACUAUUGCACCUCCAAAGCCUCAUCCUUUGCUUUCAUGGAGAGCCUGACCCUGGGGCUGCUGGACUGUCCUGGAGUGAAUGCCACCACAGUCCUGCCCUUCCACACCAGCACAGAGAUGUUCCAGGGCAUGAGAAUCAGGUUCCCUAGUCUUUUUCCUCCUCUCAAGCCAGAGACAGUGGCCAGGAGGACAGUAGAAGCUGUUCAGAUGAACCAAGCCUUCCUGCUCCUUCCAUGGACAAUGCAUGUCCUUGUUAUCCUAAAAAGCAUUCUCCCCCAGGCAGCGCUUGAAGAGAUCCACAAGUUUUCUGGGAGCUACACCUGCAUGAACACCUUCAAAGGACGAACAUAGGCUGGCACCAGGACUGCUCUGCAGUGAGCCAGCACAAGCCUGAAAAUCCUCCAGGACUGGGAAUCAGCAGCUCUUGGCUUUCAGCCUGUUCAUGUGACUUGUGCUGCUCUGAGGCAACACAUUUCUUGCAGGUCAUAUCCAUAGUAACAUGACCUUUGCACAGGAUUGAGUGAGUGGACUAUGGACCCUUGGAAAGAAAAACAGAAAGUGUGAAAUGCUCCUAUGAUGUUUAAUUCUUUAGAGUUCAAUUGUUAAAUCUACUCAUAGUUUUGAGAUGUGAUUUUUGUUGCUGAAGUGUCUGUGGGCUGUCUCAGUGAGAGGCAGCACAUCCCAUCCCAAACACACUUUGUGCCCUCCCUCCAGGGGAGCUGCCACUGGUUUCACUUCAGCUUUUUCAAUGGGGAACUUCAGAAUUACUUGGAAGAACUAAAAGAUAUGGACAUUUCAUGGAGGCUUCCUUCUCUUUCUUCACUUCCCAUCCCAUGCUGAAGCUGUUCCCAGCACACACUGGGGAAGGAGCAAACCAUGAAGCAAAGUUUGCUUUGCCAAAGGCCACCCAGGACUUCUCCUUCUGGGCCCAACAAAGCUGCUGUACUUCCCCUGUGAGGCUGGACAGGAAGGCUCAGGCAGCAGAGCCGAGAGUUUAAAUAGUGGAAAAUUCUUUCUGUCACUGAACUCAUAUGUGAAAUUGUCAUUUUGAUUUUUUUUGUUAAUUUCUGAUAAAAUAUAUUUUUAGUGUUAAUCCCAGAUUGCCACACAUGUAGGCAGCAGCACAUUGGGGAUGAACUAAAUCUAGAAACUAAAACUAGAGCCUGCUUGUACAAACAUACAUUCACUGACAUAAUCCAUGCAGAGGAAAAUCCCUUAUAUCAGUCUGCACAGUGAAGUGGAAUAAUGCUGUAAGAGACAGUGCUGUUGUGCUCAUGAGAUGUGAAAUUUGGGAGCACAUUUAGCAAAGACCUGAUUAAAUGCAUUUUGAAUUCA